CUCUCCGUUUUCUACAGUGGAUACUGAUGAAAUACCAGCCAAAAGACCACGAUUAGAUUGCUUUAUUCACCAAGUGAAAACCAGUCUCUACAAUGCUGCUAGCUUAUUUGGAUUCCCGUUCCAGCUGACCACAAAGCCCAUGGUGACUUCUGCUUGUAAUGGAACACGGAAUGUGGCCCCAUCAGGAGAGGUAUUUUCGAACUCUUCAUCUUGUGAACUGACAGGUUCUGGAUCCUGGAACAACAUGCUGAAACUGGGUAAUAAAUCUCCUAAUGGAAUCAGUGACUAUCCGAAGAUCAGAGUGACAGUAACCCGAGAUCAGCCACGCAGAGUCCUGCCUUCCUUUGGGUUUUUGCCAUGGGAUACGUGGGCUCGCCAGAGAGAGAGAGAGAGUUUUACUUUGAACUCAGAAGGCUAUAAUAGAAGAUCAGGUGGCCGUCGCUAUAACAGAGGCAAUCCAGAGAGUUCCUUCACGUGGAAACCUCAGGAGCAGGCUGUACCAGAAAUGAUUUCUGAAGAGGGUGGCAAGGGUCUAAGGCGUCCCCACUGUACCGUGGAGGAGGGUGUUCAAAAAGAGGAAAGGGAGAAGUACCGAAGACUGCUGGAGCGACUUAAAGAAGGUAGCCAUGGCAACUCUGUCCCACCUGUAACUGCACAUCAUCACAGUUCUCAAAGAAGUCAUAUGGACCCAUUAAAGACCAGAGGCUGGGGGGAAGAGCAGAAUCACGGAGUCAAAACAACUCAGUUUGUUCCAAAACAGUAUAGAGUUGUUGAAACAAGGGGACCUCUAUGUCCAAUACGAAGUGAAAAGAGAUGUUCAAAGGGGAAAAUUUCUGAUACAGAGAAGACAGUUGGAAUCAGAAUUGAAAAUGAAGGUAGGCGGGGACACCAGUUGGAGCCUGACCUCUCAGAAGAAGUGUCCGCCCGACUCCGCCUGGGCAGUGGGAGCAAUGGCUUAAUUAGGAGGAGAAUGUCCGUCCUCGAGACAAAGGAAAGGAACUGCUCAGGCCAAGAGAGGGACCGAAGACCAGAGGACCUCCUUGAGCUUACUGAGGACAUGGAGAAGGAAAUCAGUAAUGCCCUAGGGCAUGGCCCGCAGGACGAGAUCCUGAGCAGUGCUUUCAAGCUGCGCAUCACUCGCGGGGAUAUCCAGACCUUGAAGAACUACCACUGGCUCAAUGAUGAGGUCAUUAAUUUUUACAUGAAUCUUCUUGUGGAAAGAAACAAGAAGCAAGGCUAUCCAGCACUUCACGUGUUCAGUACCUUCUUCUAUCCCAAGUUAAAGUCUGGGGGCUACCAAGCAGUGAGAAGAUGGACCAAAGGAGUAAAUCUCUUUGAACAAGAGCUCAUUCUGGUGCCUAUUCACCGGAAGGUGCAUUGGAGUCUGGUGGUGAUAGACCUAAGAAGAAAGUGUCUUAAAUAUCUGGACUCUAUGGGACAAAAGGGCCACCGGAUCUGUGAGCUUCUCCUUCAAUACUUACAGGAUGAAAGUAAGACCAAAAGAAAUACUGACCUGAACCUUUUGGAGUGGACCCACUAUAGCAUGAAGCCACAUGAGAUUCCUCAACAGUUGAAUGGGAGUGACUGUGGAAUGUUUACUUGUAAAUAUGCAGAUUAUAUCUCUAGGGACAAAGCUAUCACAUUUACUCAGCACCAGAUGCCUCUCUUCCGGAAGAAGAUGGUGUGGGAAAUCCUUCACCAGCAGUUGCUGUGAGAAUGCGCCCCGUCCCUGGAGCUGCUGAGCUGCUGGUGGUUCUUUCAUGGACAUUUCCAUAUACCUCAUGCAUCGUGGGUUAGAGCCC